AUGUCCAACCACACCACCGUGACCGAGUUCCUUCUCCUGGGAUUCUCUAACAUCCGGGAGCUGCAGAUUCUGCACUUUGUGGUGUUUCUGGUGCUUUACCUGGCUGCCCUGAUGGGGAAUCUUCUCACUGUCACAGCCAUCGUCCUCGACCAUCGUCUUCACACCCCCAUGUACUUCUUCCUGGCGAACCUGGCUGUUCUCGACAUUGGCUGCAUCUCGGCUGUUGUCCCCAAAUCCAUGGCCAAUUCCCUCAGCAACACCACCCUGAUUUCUUACUCGGGCUGCGUCACACAGGUGUUUUUCCUCCUCUUCUCGGUGGGAGCAGAUGUUUUCCUUCUCACCGUCAUGGCCUACGACCGAUAUGUGGCCAUCUGCCGGCCACUGCACUACGAGAGAGUGAUGAACUGGAGAGCUUGUGUCCAAAUGGCCACCAGCGUGUGGGUCGGUGGCGUUCUCAACUCCACACUGCACACCGGGAACAUUUACACCAUGUCCUUCUGCCACGGUCAUGUGGUGGACCAAUUCUUCUGUGAAAUCCCCCGACUCCUCAAGCUGGCCUGCUCUGAUUCCUACCGCACUGAAAAUGGACUCAUUGUCCUUAGUAUCUGCCUAUUGCUCAUCUGCCUUGUGUUCACCUUUGUGUCCUACGUUCAGAUCUUCAAAGCAGUGCUGAGAAUCCCCUCGGAGCAGGGCCGGCGUAAAGCCUUCUCCACCUGCCUCCCCCACCUCAUCGUGAUCUCUGUUCUAAUUGGCACUGGGUCCUUCUCUUACCUGAAACCGAUUUCCGGCACAAUCUCGCGUCUGGACCUCAUUUUGGCUGUUGCCUAUUCCAUGGUACCACCCAUGCUGAACCCAGUUAUCUACAGCAUGAGGAACAAGGAGCUCAAAGCUUCGCUGAGAAAACUGACUAGGUGGAGGUUGUUCCCUAAGAAUAAAAAGUCGAUGUCUCUCUGA